UCAUGUCACUAUCCCAAUUUUGCAGGACGCGGAAACCUACGUGCGCCGUUCCGUGCUGUGAAUUUUUAGUGUUUUGAGCGGCGUUUAAAAUUUUGAAUAGCCCCCAGUAUUCGCCGAGAUCCCUGACUCAAAAAUAAAUUUUCACCCCAAUCAAAACAGGCAUUUUCCCACGUGAAGAUGGGAAAGAAAAGCCGGAAAUUUAUCGACAAGAAAAAGGCAGUAACUUUUCAUUUAGUGCACAGAAGUCAAAGAGAUCCCCUAGUUGUUGACGAAAAUGCUCCUGACCGAGUUUUGUUGGAGGCUGCUCCUGCCAAAAGACUGAAAAAUGAUCCAUCGUACGUAAAGCGGAAAGAAGAAGAAAGAAAGUAUGGCGUCUAUUUCGAUGAUGACUACGACUAUUUGCAGCAUCUGCGUACGACAGAUGAAUUCCGCGCUGAACUCGAACCCGUUGAACGGUUUCGAAUCGAUCCCGUUCCCCCGCGUUCAUCUGGAAAAAACUUGAAUCUUCCAUCGUCUGUGUUCGAGUCUGCUGUCAAAGAAAAAGUCGGGAUGUUGAACAGAGCCGCACCGAUUUCAGGACCUCGGCUAGACUUCGACCCCGAUGUUGCAGCUGCGCUUGACGAUGAUUUCAAUUUUGAUGACCCGGAGAAUGAACUCGAAGAUGAUUUCGUGAUGCAAGCCUGUGCAGCACCUGGAGAUGAUGAGGAAGAGAGUGGCGAUAGUGAUGAUGAUGAGGAUUCUGAGGAUGAAUACAGUGACGAGGAAGCAGAAACUAAGUCACGAGCGUUUACCAAUUAUUCGAUGACUAGUUCUGUGAUCCGUCGAUGGGUCAUCCACUUGGUGCCCAGAAAAACUUACAACACAGAUGUGAGCAAGAUAUUUGGCUUGGGGCAACAAGGAGUGGUGGAGUCCAUGUUUGUGGCAGCAGGGACUCAAAACUGUGUCACAGAGCUCUCAUCAUCAUCAUCAUCAGAUGAUGAUAAACAAGCCUCUCUGCUGAUGAUGAUGCUCUUGAAUAAUGACUCAUCAUCUUCAAGAGCAGGCAUUUUAUUGUACCCCAGGUCCUUUGGGCCUUACACUCACUGGAUGAACUCCCAGGAAAUCAUCCUGUUCUCCAAGCCCAAGUUCCAAGGAAAGCAAGUCAACAUCAAAUUGUUUGACAAUGACACAGUUUCCCACAUUGAGGAUUUUGACACUGGCUUCUUCCCAAUGUCAUCCAUUGUCAUCAACUCUGACUGGAACAUCAACACUGGAGAAGACGUUUUCUGUUUGCUGGGAAGAAACGACGUGGUUUUCCUUUCUGAUUGGGUUUCUGAGGGCUACAUCAGUAAACCAGCAACCCUCAAAAAGAUGAUGGGCAACCACAGCCAAAACAAUAAUGAUUAUCAGCAGCAGCAGCAGCAGGAGUUAUUCCCUCAAGUGGAACCUGGGUGUUACUCAAGACCCCAACAAGUGGCAGAACUUUUGGACAAGCCCUGGAGCGGAACUCAUUUCUGCCAUUUUGCUCAAGUCUCAUGAUGAUAUAUAUAAGCUUAUACUGAAUUUGCGCAUCAGCAGCAAAUACUGUAGAUCAUAUGCCUCUGUUUUUAUAUACUGUACAGUAUUUUUUUAAAUGUUGGAAUCAAUCAGAAUGCCCAGCAAAUAAUCAGCCAUUUUGCAGCCAUAAAUCACCCAUAUGCCACCCAUUUGACCUGUGCAUUGGUGAUGAGCUGUUUAUUUGUCAUCCGUGUUGAGAAAUAUGGGUGUUCUUUUUUCCAGUACCUGUAUUCCAACAUGGGUGACUGCCAAGUGUGUGAUACAUGGGUAACGACAUGGGUGAAUUAUUUGCUGGGUGUGAUCUACUGCUUCUGCUGAAGAUAUAUUUGAGCUUGAGGGAAAAAAAUUAAAUAUUGAGCCGCAGAAUAUAUAAUGAUAUAAUCAGAAAACCAAACUCAAUCAACUGUUUUCCCACGGCAGUUGAUUAUUUUUUUUUCCCAAAAGUUGAAGAAGAAUUUAUUUUAUUCAGCAGCAGCAGGGGCAGGAAUUGACAUGCAU